CGGCGCAAGCCAUAUUGUAUACGAUGAGCCAUCAAGUACCUUAAGCCCUUCCAAUCAUCUAGGCAGGUUAUCCCCGCGAUUGCGAUCACCUUUACCCAAUGGUCCCGCUCAGCACUACCAUACGGACGCCCAGUCUGUCCACCACCCAAGGUCGGGCUCUACCAGCGACCUGAAAGCAGAUGCUAGAGGUCAGAAUUCCAUGCAUCCCCAGCUGCCUGUUCCCAAUGGAGCGACCCCCACCUCGCGGCAGCACAACCAAGCGCAUUUCCCAUCCUCCUCGCUACACACUUCUCACCUUGGCCAAUCCUCUCGUCGGCCUGUAAAUUAUUCCGGCAACAUAUCGGACAGCAGUUCUCAUGGCUUGAGUUCCCGUCUGGAUAUGAAACGUCUCCUUUCUAAGCCGGCAGCGCCCUCACACUCUGGCUCGUCGAUAAUCUCGCUGCCCUCAGACUCUGAGCCUGCCCCUGUAUCACCCACUUUCCCAAGGAAAGAGAGGUCUGCGAGCGAUCAUGAUCGGUCACCCAUGUCAACCAACCCAGAACACAGCAGGGGAAGAGAAGUUAUGUUCAAAUCCACGAGCCUUUUGGUCCAGCCGUCAUUGGGCCGCAAGCGGGAGCCCUCCGCGUCAAGGCCGAGCACCUCGAGGGAGGCAUCCAGCGGUGCGCAGUACGCGGACAGGAAACCGAGCAGCAGCCGUUUCACACGCGUAGCGUCAUCUUCCUCCAGCUCGCCCACCACCCCGAUUGCCACCGUCGUCCCGAGUACAAAAUCUGCAGCCGCGGCAACUACUCGACGUCCUAGCGUGCCUAGUCUGACCAUUGAUCCAUCUUACGGCAGCCGACCUGGGACGUCACCUGCUGAUAGGAGUAUAGGGCGUGCUGCGGGGCGGCGGUAUCACGGCAGCGGAACGACGACAAAACGCAGGGACACGGUCGCGAACACGUCCGCGCCGUCUACACCAACGAUCGGGCUUACCCCUGCUGGAGCUGUUGCCGCUGCGUACAAGCAGCAGGAGCAGAGGAGAGAGAAGCUGGUGUCAAUGACGACUGAGGACGAUCAAUAUCGUCCCAAGUCUCGGUCACUGGAUGAUCCGCGCGACGUGGAACCCAGUACUGGCCCGGAAAGGGGCGCGGAGGCGUCGCCUACGCCUUAUUACACCGUGUUCGGCAGCACCUCUGGCAAAGUCGUCGCUGUGGGUGGCCCGGAUGACCAUGACUGGACGUACACUGCGGUGUACGCGGAACGAUCGGACACAACGCUCGGCCGGACGUCGUCUCCAGCAGGCGUGAAGAGGUCACUGUCCCGGAAAGUUUCAGCGAGCUGGAGAAGGGGCAAAGGCAUACCCCGAAGAGAUAGCUCCCCUGACGUGAGCGAUCGUGCUCAAUCGGCCGAAGGAAGCAAGAUCACCUUGCAAGAGAGGCGGUCUGCGAGUAUGCCGAAGGAGAGGAGGAAAUCUCUGCGCUUGUCCAUCGACGACUUUGCCGAGCGGCGCGUCGUUGAUCCAUUGCUCACUGGGAGAUCCUUAUCUGCUGGCCGGCGUAAUCCGUCAGCGUCCAACUGGGGCGAAGACUCAGUGGGAACCAGCGGCGAUGAUUUGCAUGAGUCGCGCAGAGCAAAACCUUCGAAGCUGGUCAAGGCAAAGGACCCCAAGAAGAAGGAGAAGGAGGAAGAGGGAUCGCCGGGUGGAAAACUAUGGAAACUAAUGAAGAGGAUAAGCACUGGUGGCCUGAGGGAGCGUUAUGCUUCAGGGGACUUCUCCCCACCGCCGGUACCCGCGCUACCCAAGGAGUACCUCCCACAGUCGCCUGCAAGGUCUGCAGAGGCGAUUGACAGCCCCGAGAGAGGAGUUGGCUUGGCGCGCUUUAUCCAAUCCAGGCCGUCCAUGGCCGUGUCUCGCUCUCCCGUGUCGUCGGCGCCAUAUAGUGUUGAGGGCUCGCGUUCCGCGGGAGGACCCAGGAGAGCUUCGAAUGCCACCUCUGGAAACCGGCCUAGUACCACUACAAGGUCGUCUUCCCCCGUUUCCUCCGACCGAACGUCCUCGAAAUUCUUCCAUAGAACGCACUCGACUCGCUCCUCAUCUUCAUCGUACGGUGAAGAAAUUCCCCCAGUGCCCAGCGGUAAGGUUGCGCAGCAUAUCAUCCCACCCAGCGAACUGUAUCGCCUAAACAGCGAUGAAUCCCAUACGAGGAGUCCACCACAAGAACUGUAUACCCCAUCUCCCAAUGACGACAGCUCCUCGUCCUUGCCUUGCCCUCCAAGGCGUCCGGGAGGCACGCCGAAAGGCAGCUCGUCACCUGUGGUGGCCGGAAGCGAUGCUCAACAUGAACCGCAGUUAUCUGGGCUGGAACCGCUGAGCGCUGCUACGCUAUCUCACUUGUCCCCGCAGAGUAGCGAUGGAGAUACCUCGACUUGGACAUCUCCUGUCACGCCUGCAUCUGGGGUGCCCCUGUCCGAGUUUGGUGUGCGGCCCCCUCCACGGCCUCCGAGGAGCUCGCAGAGGCCUCAGGGCAGGAGCUCUAGCUCGAAUGAGAGCCAUUCGGGCAGUCACUCGGGCACGCUUGGUCCAUCAACGCUACCUUCGUUCAGGUUCACGCCUACCGAAGAACGAGAUAACCCGCUGGAAGGCUCCUCGAGCUCAUCCCAGAUUAGCCGCGACCGUGACUCGUACGGGGCUUCGAGCAACGCAUCGACGACGAAGGGACGGCCAAGGUCGAACUCAUUGGGAUCUCGGGCAGACACUCCCAGCCGCUCGGGAUUGAUGUUCCGCGAGUUUGGUGGGCCAGCGAGCACGCACAGAUGGACCGAGCGGGAGAAGGCGGAGAAGUGGGACGAGCUCCUGGAACGGAGCACUCGCGCGGGCGGAACGCUGCACAUCGGGACCGAAGGCCUGCUGUCGGACAAUAUCCGUUUCUCGCAAUAUUCUGAUUUCUGAUAUUUCCUGGUAAUGUGCUGCAAUAUAGUAUACCCACCCAUACAGUUCGUAUUAUAGCGUCUACUAUCCAUCCCAAAGACUUCUCAUAUCAUACCCAACUGUCUCGUAAAAUUACCCAGCCAAUUCUCUGUACUUUCACGCCCGUAAUACCUUACAUAUGUAUCAAGCAUUCAUUCUACAUUCAAG